UAAAAGAUGUUUCCACCAUGAUACUUUUCCAAGCUAUCACCAGUAAUGCGAUUAUCUGUCUGUCUAAUUGCGUAUCCAAAUAUGGAUAUGGAGCACACUCAUUUUGAGUUUUGCUGUUCUUCUUUACUUUUUCUUCGACGAGUUAAUCCCCUUCCUUUAAUUUUAGUCUUCAAUUGAUGGACAACAUGAUGCAUCUACGUCGUCAUCGGAACUUGGACCAGCCCUUUUCAUCAAACAAACCUUGUGUGGUGGCGGGGCAUAGGUAGAUACUGGAUGCAUUGACCUUCGGGGGAGCUGCCUAGGAUCACACGUGAUUCCGCGGUCAAACGCGUUUUCUUUCAACUCGAUUUCCAUGCGUCGCGUUGGCUACCUACCUACUGAAUACUCCUCUCGAUUUUUAUGUACAGUUUAUUAGAAUCCACCCACCACCUCAUCAACUUUCACACGCAUUUCCCUAUCUAGAGCGAAGCGAAAAAGCCUCCACGGCAGUGGCCCAGCGGAGCGUCAAAUCCUUUCGUUUCCAGGUAGGUUAUCUAUAUCUGUCAACCUAAACACAACCCUGCCCACAUAAUACUCAUAUUCACUUCAGAACAGAAGGCCGCAAACGAGAAGGUAGCAUUAGGUAUUUCACUAUUAUCAUCUUCAUCCUUCUGCAUUAAUGCUAGUGCUAACGUAAAUAUCCAGGCUAUAAAAUCUUGUCACGAUCAUCAACUUUCUUCUUUCAUCGUCAGCAUUCGACAGGCUCUGGGAGCCUUUUAUAGUUAACAAGAUGUCAAAAAUAGAAAAGAUGAGAAUAUGCGGGUUGGUGUUAUCGAUGUCGGCCAUGUAUCAGGAACAGUUGAGCUUACUGGUUUCCGUUCUCAUAGGGUGCGGUCCUUUGAUCACAAGGGUUGGGAAAAUAUCUCUUUCAACACUCCUCUAACACUCAUUGUUGGGCUCAAUGGUUCGGGAAAGACUGUAGGUAUUGGCAUGCAGAUUUACUGCAGAACUUAGCUGAGUUACAAAUAGACAAUCAUCGAAUGCUUGAAAUAUGCAACCACUGGGGCACAACCACCGAAUAGCAAGGUUGGAGGAGCUUUCAUUCAUGAUCCAAAAGUAUGUUACUCAUCGAACCCUCGGUAAGUUUUUACACAUGGUGCUUACAUAGAUUAGCUCUGUGGGGAGAAGGAGGUACUGGCACAAGUCAAACUCUCGUUCCAAAGUACGACAGGAUCGAGAAUGGUCAUCACAAGAAGUAUGCAGCUCACGGUUACGAAGACCGCGAGAAAGAUGAAGACUCUAGAUGCAGGAUUGAUGGUCAAUAAUGGCGGCGAGAGAACUGCUGUGUCUCACAAAGUUGGAGAAAUUGACAAGAUUAUGCAAUCAGCUUUGGGCGUUUCUGAGGCUGUUUUGGACAAUGUUAUCUUUUGUCACCAAGAUGAUUCACUAUGGCCGAUGAGUGAGCCCUCACAUCUCAAGAAGAAGUUUGACGACAUUUUCGAAGCUACAAAAUACACCAAAGCUGUCGAUAGCCUCAAAUCUUUGAAAAAGGAUUACGCUCAGCAGAUUAAAGGCAUGAUUGCGGAAGAGGCCAUUGCCAAAGAUAACAAGGACAAAGGAGAAAAAACCAAGAGUCGUUGCGAAGAACUUGCUGCUCAAAUUGAUCAGUUAUCAGAGGAGGCCCUUAAAGACAAAGAUAACAUGGAAGCAGUUCGAGAGGUGGUUGACGCAAAACAGAGACAGGCGGCCGAGUUUUGGGAAUUGGUUCAAAAACUCAGGACCAACAAAGAAAGAGUCAAAUUCUGCGAAGAAAAUCUAGAAUCGCUUCAGAAAAGAAUUAAGCCACUUUCUGAAUCGGAUGAAUGGCUUAAGUCAACCUUAGAUCAAUACGCGGAUCGAAUACUAGAAAUGGAACAACAAGAUGAGCAAUUGCAGAACCAAUAUCGAGAUCAACAACAGAAGAUGUCAGCAAACACCAGCGAACUUGGCAAAAAGCAAGCAGAAUUAGGUCGGCAGCAAGCCCUGAAACAAGCCUACGAAGAAGAACUUGAAUCUAGAGUUCAGCUAGUCAAGAGUUCUGCUUCUAAGCAUUUCAUUCGAGGUUAUGAUGACGACAUCAAUGAAUCUCGGGUGAAUGAAUUUAUGGAAAGAAUCAAGAAGCUCUCUCGUGACAAGGAGCGUGAUUUGGAGCGGGUUAAGGCGGCCACUAAUGACGAGUUAAAAAACGUCCAGACCACACUGACGGAGCUUCAGAAUCAGCACGCAAUACGUGUCCAAGAGAAGGUCACCGCGAAGCAAACUAUUUCUAACAACGACAGGAAAAUGGGUCCUAAACAAACAGAACUUGGCUUUAUCCAGUUCGACGAAGGUGAUAAAACCGGCCUUGAAUCAUCCUAUAACGAGACUAAGGAUCUCCUGGAAAAGAUUCGGGCUCAAUUUGAAAGUGCUGGCUGGGAAAACCGCAUCAGCGCUAGUAAUGGACGUCUGCGGGAGCUUGAAGACGAGGAGAAAUCUCUUAGAAAAGAGGCUUUUGAAAUCAACAAACGUUCUAAUGACCGUGCUCAGCUUGAUUAUGUCAUGGGAGAACUGAAAAAGACCAAGGGAAAACUAGACACCAUGAGGGCGACCCACGGUGCGAAGCUUGAUUCAAUUCUUGGUUCAGAUUGGCAAGUCGAUACCCUUGGGAAGGAUUUCCAACAUGCGCUAGAUCGGGAAAAAGAUGAAGUUGCAGAUGCAACAAACGAGCAAGAAGCUGCCAAAAAAUCUUACUCUGAAGCGGGAUUCCGAUUCAACGCGCUCCGUGACGACCUCAAAGCUAAGAAGGACCAGUUAAAAGUUUGUGAGAACACAGUACUCAAUUCGGUCAGGGAUGAAGACGGCAAACCAUUAGUUAGCAUCGAAGAAUAUCCCAGGGAGCUGAAUCAGUUAGAGGAGGAGCGUGAUGAGAUCCGAGAUAGUAUUGAUGGCUUUAAACAUAAGAUCGAUUAUUUCACUCAAUGUCUAAAUACUAUUCAGACGAAAGACAUGUGCAAACUUUGUGAGAGGGCGUUUGUGGAAGAGGGACAUCGCUCAGCAGCAAUGAAAAAAAUUCAGAAACUUCUCAACAAGGAUGCUCGGGAAACUUUGCAGGGACAGUUAGAGAUCUACAACGAACAGAUCAAAACCGCAAAAGCAGCUCAAUCACAGUACGAAAUGUACCAAUCCCUCAAAGAUGAAAUCCCAAGGAUCGAGCGAGACCUCAAAAAAGCGGAUGAAGAAAAACAAAGAUUGCUUGAAGAAGUCGAGCAUCAUGACAGUAUUGUCGAGCGCAAGAAUGCUAGACAAAGAGAUGUUGAGUCUCUUACCAAUAUCAUCUCCUCCAUCAUUAGGUACAACAGCGAUAUCACAGACCAUGAGGCAAAAAUCGAUAGUUUAUCCUCACAGCAAAGUAUUGCUGGAGGCAUCAUGACUGCUGACGAAAUCCAAGAACGUCAGACAGCCUGUAGUGAAAAUAUGCGGGAGGUUAGAGAACAGUUGACUAAGGUUUUGUCCGAGAAGGAUGCAGCCAAAGACAAGCUUAAUGAUAUGGAGCGUGAUCUGUCUCGUAAAUCGCAAAGACUUCGAGAUGUUAUUCAUGGACUAGCAAAGAAAGAAGCUUUGCAAAGGGAGAUCGAUGAGCUUCUCGACAGCAAUUCACAGCAACGGGAAGCAAUCAAUCGUGCCGAUACUGAGUUGGAGACUCUAAAGCCGAAAAUUGACACUGCGAAGGCCAAAUACGAAGAUAUUCAACAACAAGGUCAUGCAAAGGAAAGAGAAGUCCGAUCUCAAAAGGAAAAGUUAGCAGAUACUGUCCGUCAAUUCAUGCAGCAUGAGAAAAAUAUCAAUGGAUACAUUGAUAGUAAUGGCCCUGAAAAGCUCUCUGCUUGCCAGCGAGUAAUCAGUUCAAUUCAACAGGACCAGGAGCGUAUUGACGAAAAAUUGGCCCAGAUUACUACCGAGUUAAAUGCACUUCGAGCUAAAAAGAGUGAUUCAGAUCGGCUGAAGACAAAUAUCAGCGACAACAUCCUAUAUCGUCAAGAAUUGGCUAAACUUGAGGUAUACAAAAAGCAAACCAUUGAAUUAGAAGCACAGAAUGUGGAAGGAAACUUCGAAACUUUAACAAAGGAGGCCGAAAAAAUAGAAGCAAAAUUCUAUGACCAUCGCCGCCUUUACCAACAGAAAACAGCUGUUCUUGCAGAGAAGGAUCAAAAUUUGGCACAAUACUUACUUGAGUGGGAUCUUAAUUACAAGAACGCUCGGACGGAGUACCGCACAGCUAUGAUUAAAGUUAAGACCACAAAGGCUGCUAUCGAUGAUUUAGGCAAGAUGAUUACAGCUAUGGACAAAGCAAUUGUCAAAUUUCACAGUGUGAAAAUGGAGGAAAUCAAUCGAAUUGCUGGUGAACUUUGGCAGACUACCUACCAGGGUACGGAUGUUGAUACAAUUAUGAUUCGUUCGGAAAAAGAUGAGGGCGAGACGGCAGCUGGUAAUAAGAAGACAAACUAUAAGUAUCGAGUUGUGAUGGUGAAGCAAGAUGUCGAGAUGGAUAUGCGUGGUCGUUGUAGUGCUGGUCAAAAGGUUCUAGCUUGUAUUAUUAUUCGUCUAGCGCUAGCAGAGUGCUUCGGUAUUAACUGCGGUGUAAGUACUCGUCUUCUUCUUUUCCUCAUACUUGAUCUAACUAACACUAUUAUGCAGCUCAUCGCAUUAGAUGAACCCACGACAAAUCUAGAUCAAGAUAAUAUUCGAGCACUGGCAGAAUCACUUCACGGAAUUAUUAAAUCUCGUCAACAGCAAGCGAAUUUUCAACUUAUCAUUAUUACUCACGAUGAGGAAUUUUUAAAGGUCAUGCAGUGUUCGGAUUUUUGUGAUGAUUUUUAUCAGGUUUCUAGGGAUCAGGAACAGAAUAGUAAGAUUGAGAAGAUUCCUAUUGCGCAGGUUAUGGAGGGGAAUUGAUGAGUGGCUAUAUGUGAGUUGAGAUGGAGGUGAAGGAGCUAUAAAUUAGGUCUCUUCUGUGAUGUUUCUGGUGUUCUACGGAUGGGAUGAACUGGGAUGGGCUGGGAUGGAAUGUAAUUUUAUGAUGGCAUGUAUGGUGUCUUGGGAAUUUAUGAAAAUAGGCGAAGUGAAAUUGGCAUGUAUGUGUAGUUUGCUUGCUUGCUUACUUGCUUGGUGAAAUUAGGUAUCUUAGCCAAUGUAAGUAAGUAAGUAACUAUAUAAGUGUGAAUAACUAGCUAGCUAUCUAAUGAUGAUGAC